UAUCUUCUGCUUCACAACACAAUUUUUUUCCUCCCAGGAGGAGUUGGAGCACUGCUGCUUAUCGUCUUUCUUCGUGGUUAAUUAUCAAAUUUUAAUUAAAAUUCUGCAAAAGUGAUACGGCCAGUGGUUGCGAAUUCGAGCGUUUGUGACGAGAGAAGAAAGGCCGUUCGACCGUUCAUUGCACUAAAAACGCCCAAUGUGAAAGCAUGUCCUCGUCACCAUCCAGCCUGGAGGACGGCGUCCGAUUGCUCGGCACGGUGGAACGAUGUGACUGCUCCCGGAAGGUGGUUGCGGUCGGCACAGGGUCGGGCACGGGGACGGCCGGUUCGAGCAAGAUGAUCGAGAUGCAGCCGGCGGAGCUGUCGGAGACGGAGGACAACUCGUACAUGUACUUCCGGCAGGAGGGUCUGUUUGCCAACAGCUUCCCGAAGAUGAAGGAAAUCCGCCGCAUGGGGAAGCUGUGCGAUGUGACGCUAAAGGUUGAUUCACACUCCUUUUCGGCACACCGGAUCGUGCUGGCCGCAACCAUCCCGUACUUUUACGCCAUGUUUACCCACAACAUGGCGGAGAGCAGAAUCAAAGAAAUCACCAUGAAGGAGAUCGAACCAAUGGCACUGGAAAGUUUGAUAAACUUUGCGUACAGUGGUCUAGUCAAAAUCGAUACCCAAAACGUGCAGAGCCUGAUGGUCGGGGCGUCCUUUCUGCAGCUGAACGAGGUGCGCGAUGCCUGCGCCAAGUUUCUCAAGCGCAAAUUCCAUCCGCAGAACGUGCUCGGCAUUCGGCAGUUUGCCGACACGCUCGGCUGCUCGAAGCUGAUCGUGUCCGCCGACCGGUACAUCCACCAGCACUUCUCGAAGGUGGCCGCCGGGGAUGAGUUUGUGGCGCUCAGCUACAGCGAGCUGAUCGAUGUGAUCGGCCGCGACGAGCUGAACGUCAAGAGCGAAGAGUGCAUUUUCGAGGCGUGCAUGCGCUGGGUAAAGCACGAGCAGGAGACCCGCUCCGAGUAUUUGCCGCUCAUACUGGCCAACAUACGGCUGCCGCUGCUGUCGCCCCAGUUCCUCGCGGACAGUGUGGCGACGGAGGAGCUGAUCAAGACGUCCCACAAGUGUCGCGAUCUGCUGGACGAAGCGCGCGACUUUCAUCUGAUGCCGGAGCGGCGUGCGCUCGUAUCGACCACGCGCACCCGGCCGCGCUGUUUCGACUUUGUGGUGGGGCUGAUCUUUGCCGUUGGUGGGCUGACGAAGAACGGGGAGUCGGUCAGCACGGUGGAGAUUUACAACCCGGCCACGAAGGAGUGGAGCAUGGGCGAGGCGAUGACGAUGCUGCGGUCGCGCGUUGGCGUUGCCGUUACGAACGGGAAGCUGUACGCGUUCGGUGGCUUUAACGGUACGGAGCGGCUGUCGACGGUGGAGAUUUACGAUCCGCGCAAGCACCGCUGGUCCCAGGGGACGGCAAUGCGCUGCAAGCGCAGCGCGGUUGGGGUGGCCGCGCUGGAGGAUUACGUGUACGUGUGCGGCGGGUACGAUGGUGUGACGAGCCUCAGUACGGUUGAGCGGUACUGCCCGAAGACGGAUGGGUGGAGUACGGUGGCACCGAUGAUGAAGUACCGGUCGGCGGGCGGUGUGGCCGCCCUGGGCGGGUACGUGUAUGCGCUCGGUGGGCACGAUGGGUUGUCGAUCUUCGACACGGUCGAGCGGUACGACCCGUUCAGCGACACCUGGACGAAGGUGGUUUCGAUGCUGAACCGUCGCUGCCGGCUCGGGGUGGCCACACUCGGCAAUAAGCUGUACGCUUGCGGCGGGUACGAUGGUAACUCGUUCCUGCGGUCGGUGGAGGUGUACGAUCCGGUGAAGAACAGCUGGUCACUGAUCGCACCGAUGAACGUGAAGCGAAGCCGGGUGGCACUGGCCGCGAAUAUGGGCAAACUGUGGGCGAUCGGUGGGUACGAUGGGGAAUCGAACCUGUCCACGGUGGAGGUGUACGAUCCGAAGACGAACACGUGGACGUUUGUCGCGCCGAUGAAGCACCAUGGCGGUGGGGUCGGUUGUGGCGUCAUACCGACACCGUUUCAGGAUUAAAGUCCAAGGGGGAGGGCGCAUCCCUUCUUCACACUUCAGCAAUUGCACUGACGCUAAAUCCUUGUUUCUACAAGGGGAAGGUUCCAAGCUACCUCUUCCAUCUACCCGACCCGACCCGGGGUCGGGUUCAUCCCUCUGCCUCCCAAUCCCGGGCCCCAAGAUUUCAUCACGCGUGUUAAAUUGAAAUUAGGAUCUCGUUAUUCGUAAAAUUGUUCAUCGUAGGCAAAUCCACAGUACGGGGAGGGGGUGGGAAAUAGGCACAAUGUCUAGCUUAACAUAUUAAUAAUAAUAAUAAUACUGUACAAUAUAUACAGUCUAAA